CGGCGCUCGCGUGACGUCAUCACGCGCAGCCGUGCGGGCGCCCUCGGGGCUUUUAAAAGAGGCCUUCCUAGGCGUGCAGCCGUGAGUUCAGCCAAACGUGUGUGAAAACGGCGGCUUUUCUCGGGGCCAGAGCCUCUUGGGACCCUGAGUUGAAUGUAGAUUCUAGGAAGGAUCCGAUCCUCACUCUCUGGGAGCCUUCACUGCCAGACUGAAGUAAUUGUGGGCUAGAGUGAAAGAGAAUUCUAGGAAGAUAAGCUCUAGCAUAACCAUGAGUGAACCAAGGCUGAACUGGGAUUGUACACCCAAAAAUGGCCUUAAAGCGUUUUUCUCUCCAGAAAAUUAUAAAGAUCAUUCCAUGGCUCCAAGUUUAAAAGAACUCUAUAUUUUGUCCAACAGACGUAUAGGAGAAAAUUUGAGUGUCUCAGCAAGUUCUGUAGAAAAUGAGCCUGCAGUUAGUUCAGCAACUCAAGCAAAGGAAAAAGUUGGGAUGAUUCUCCUUCCAAAACCAAGAGUUCCGUAUCCUCGCUUCUCUCGGUUCUCACAGAGAGAGCAGAGAACUUAUGUGGAUUUGUUGGUUAAAUAUGCAAAGAUCCCCUCAAAUUCCAAUACUGUUGGAACAAAUACAAAUGAAUACCUGCAGUAUCUGGAUAUGAAAAAACAUGUGACUGAAGAAGUUAAUGAAUUCCUAAAGUUUUUACAGAAUUCUGCAAAGAAAUGUGCACAGGAUUAUAAUAUGCUCUCUGAUGAGGCCCGUCUCUUCACAGAGCAAAUCCUAAGAGCUUGCAUUGAGCAAGUGAAAAAGUACCCAGAAUUUUAUACUCUUCAUGAAGUUACCAGUCUAAUGGGAUUCUUCCCCUUCAAAAUAGAGAUGGGACUGAAGUUAGAAAAGACUCUUCUCGUUUUGGGCAGUGCAAAGUUUGUAAAAACAGCAUUUCCCUCGAUGCCUGUAAAACUGCAGCUCUCAAAAGAAGACCGGUCUUCCAUGGAGACCCCACAGCAAAGAGCUGAAGCUAUGCACUGCGAUAUUAGUAAAGACCCGAAUGCAGCAAAGCUUGUUUCAAGAUACCAUCCGCAGAUUGCUCUGACUAGCCAAGCGUUAUUCACCUUGCUCAAUAACCAUGGACCAAGCUACAAGGAGCAGUGGGAAAUUCCAGUGUGUGUUGAGAUGAUAGCUGUGGAAGGUUCCAAACCAGUUAAAGUAAUUUAUAUCAAUUCUCCACUUCCCCGAAAGCAAAUGACAAUGAGAGAAAGAAAUCAAAUCUUCCAUGAAGUUCCAUUAAAACAUAUACUAUCAAAAACCACAUCUGUUCCAGUCUCUGCUGUCUUUAUGGACAAACCUGAAGAGUACACCUCUGAGGUGGAUAUAUCCACUGAAGCUAGUGAGUGCCGAAAAAUUGAGACUCUGGAAAAUUUGGAUAUGGACUUCGAUGGUGAUGUUACAGAACUUGAAACUUUUGGAGUAACUACUACUAGUCCACCCAGGUCACCAAGUUCAGAAAGUGACUCCUCUGCACCCAUCAUGACAGAUGUCCACACAGCCCCCAAAGUAGCAGCUGUGCCUGUGGCACCAGCUAUGCCUGUGGCACCAGCUAUGCCUGUGGCACCAGCAAUGCCUGUGGCACCAGCAAUGCCUGUGGCACCAGCUACACCUGAGGCAUCAGCUACACCAAACAUUACUGAUGAUUCUAGAAGUUUAUGUCAGAUUCUUAUGAAACAGUUACAGAAGGAGAAACAGCUAUUCUCUGGUGUGGAAAAUGGUCCUGAAGGGUGCAAAAAUAAAGAUGAUCAAGGACUUGAACCAUGUGGUGAAGAGGUUCCCAGUGCCAAUGCAAAAUCUUUAACCCAAGAUAAUGAAGUCCAUAGAACUGAGGGAAUUUCUAAGGAGAGUGAUGUAGGUGUGCUGUGUACCAAUGGUGAAAGACAGAGUGUUCAGGGGAACACAGACAAUCCCAACAAAACAGCUACUGCAUCAGAAAAGGCUGAAAGUGAGACAGGGAUUCCUUGUGGCAGUGAUACAGAUGAGGACUGCUUAAUCAUUGAUACAGAGAGUAAAAGUGGUGAUGGAAAGACAGCUGAUUUAGGCUCUAGUCCAAAUUCUUCAGCACAGGCUUCUGCAGGAAACCAGGCCACUUCUACUGUUUCUGAGGAAUCUUGUGUUUUAAAGAAACCUAUCAAAAGAGUCUAUAAAAAAUUUGAUCCAGUUGGAGAAAUUCUAAAAAUGCAGGAUGAGCUUUUAAGACCAGUUUGCAGGAACGUACCUGAGUUGCCCUUGACUAAUUCAGAAGAAUGUAAACAGCCAUCUGCUUCUGAGCAACCGUCGGCUGCUUCGGAUGCCUCUAGCUGGCCAAAGUCCAGCUGGCCCUCUGCAUUUCAGAAGCCUAAAGGACGAUUGCCAUAUGAACUUCAAGACUAUGUGGAAGAUACAUCAGAAUACAUAGCUCCUCAAGAAGGAAACUUUGUCUACAAGUUGUUCAGCCUACAAGACCUGUUGUUACUUGUGCGGUGCAGUGUACAGAGGGUAGAGACCAGACCACGCUCCAAAAAACGGAAGAAGAUCAGAAGACAAUUUCCAGUUUACGUGCUACCAAAAGUAGAGUAUCAAGGUUGUUAUGGAGUUGAAGCUCUGACUGAAAGCGAGCUCUGUUGCUUCUGGACUGAAAGUUUAUUGCAUUCCAACUGCUCGUUUUAUGUUGGGCAUAUUGAUGCAUUUACUUCAAAGCUUUUUAUGCUAGAAGAAAUCACCUCAGAAGAACUAAAAGAAAAACUUGCAGCACUCAAGAUUUCAAGUUUAUUUAACAUUCUUCAGCACAUUCUAAAGAAAUUAUGUAGCUUGCAGGAAGGGUCCUACUUGCUGUCUCACGCAGCAGAAGAUUCUUCACUCCUGAUCUACAAGACCUCAGAUGGAAAAGUUACUAGAACAGCAUAUAAUUUGCAUAAGGCACAUUGUGACCUUCCUGGUGUACCCUCCAGUCUCUCGGUUCCUUGGGUCCCAUUAGAUCCCAGUUACCUGUUACCGUAUCAUAUCCAUCAUGGACGAAUACCUUGCACUUUUCCACCUAAAUCACUGCGUCCUGCAGCACAACCAAAGGUUGGUGGGACAAGAAUGCCUACCCGUAACCACAGGAAUCCAGUUUCCAUGGAAACCAAAAGCAGUUGCCUGCCUGUUCAGCAAGUUGAAAAUGAAGGAGUGGCUCAGAAUAAAAGGAAAAUAAUGUAAGGGCUGGACCAUAGAAAAUAAAGUUUCAGAAAACCCAGUUAUAACAGUGUUUAAUGUUGAACUCUAAGGGGAAAUGUGCCCAGAAGAUCACGUAGCAAGAAGAGUUUCCCCUCACUAUCCUGGAGUUCUUACAAAGUGCCUUGGAAACCUCCUGACUGCAAGAAUGGCAAUGACAGCGGAAGUUAGUCACUCCUCAGUGCUGGUGCAUGGAGAAUCUAGAAUGCUCCAUUAGCAUGGCUGCAAAUUGGAUAAAAAAGAAUAUUUUUAUAGCAUUCUUUUCUAAAGAUCAUAGGUAGGAAAGUCACCUGCUAUUUUAGGAACUGUCAUGUAUUAUGUUAUCAAUUUGAUUAUAUUGCCACUCAAAAUGAGACUGGCCCAAUAGUUUAGUAUUUCCAAUGUUAGAAACAGCUGUGUGCAUCAUUUAUGACCCAUUUUUGUCAGUAUUAAAACUGCUGUUGAUGUUUUUGAAAACUUGUUGAAAUUCCUUUUUGGACACCAGAAGUGAAAACAAGAAAAAUCCUCAUCUCUGAAAAGUGGCAAAUUAAUAUUUUCCUACUAGGCAUCACCCUUGUGUUUUUUAAAAACAAAAAGCAUUCUGUGGUUUGACAGCUUGGUAACAAUAUCUCUACUACUUUGCACAAAUUCCAUGUAAAUGUGGUAAAAUACUGCCCAAAGCAGAGACACCAUGAGGAUGCAAGUAUUCCAGGGAAAAAAACAAAAACAAAAACAAAAAAACUUGAUCUUCCUAUCAGACAUGGUGAAGGUGCCAUUAAGCCUAGGAUUUUUUCUUUUUUCUCAUGUAUUGAUGUAUUGUGGUUAAUUCAGAAAGCAGCAUCAGCAGUGGGUAUAGCCAGUUUGGAUUUGAGGGGACAGAAUAUGUUUACUUUUUGUUACCUGCUUUUUAAUAAACACUAAAAGCAUUAGAAAUGUGUUUGUCAUCUCAGAAAUACAAGCUUUGUCAUCAAA